CCACAAUCCUCACCCUCUCUCAUGACCAACUGCAGAAAGGAAAGAAAAUCCCUUGGCUCCAAAAUGAUAUCCAGAGAACCAAAGACAAGCCUCAAGAAUGCCUACCCGUCUGCGAAGAGGCUGUUGCUGAAGGAGGAGGAGGGGGAGGCGGAGGACUACUGUACCCCUGAAGCCUUCGAGCUGGAGCGACUUUUCUGGAAGGGCAGUCCCCAGUACACCCACGUCAACGAGGUCUGGCCUCAGCUCUACAUUGGCGACGAGGCGACGGCGCUGGACCGCUACCAGCUCCAGAAGGCGGGCUUCACGCACGUGCUGAAUGCGGCCCACGGCCGCUGGAACGUGGACACUGGCCCCGACUACUACCGCGACAUGGCCAUCGAGUACCAUGGCGUUGAGGCCGACGACCUGCCCACCUUCGACCUCAGUGUCUACUUCUACCCGGCAGCCACCUUCAUCGAAGAUGCACUCAGCGACGACCACAAUAAGAUCCUGGUUCACUGUGCCAUGGGCCGCAGCCGCUCCGCGACCCUGGUCCUGGCCUACCUGAUGAUCCACAGGAACAUGACCUUGGUGGACGCCAUCCGGCAAGUGGCCAAGAACCGCUGUGUCCUCCCCAACCGGGGCUUUCUGAAGCAGCUCCGAGAGUUGGACAAGCAACUGGUGCAGCAGAGGCGACAGGCCCAGCGCGGGGACGGUGAGAAUGACAGCAAGGAGGCAUUGUAGGCCCUCCUCCUGGGGCGAGCAGAGACACUUGGG